UUCGAAUGCGAUACCUCUCGGGGGGAGAGCUGGUAUUGGAGGUGGUGCGCAAAUACCUCCUCCUCCACAACUUGACACGAAUACCUCUAGUCGAGGAAACUUUGGCAACACUUCUAGGUUUCAAAUGAACUUCCAGAAGGCCUCCUCUGCGGAAUCUGAAUUGGGUCUAUUGCGAUCUAGUACUUCAGCUUCACAACCAUCUUCAACGGGAAGUCAGCGUAAAAGGCGUUGGGAUUCCUAG